AUGUACGCCAUCCAAGAUGUGCCUGGAAAGGGUAAAGGCCUCAUUGCGACUAGGUACAUCCCUAAAGGUACAAGAAUCAUAUCCGAGACACCAGUAAUGACGGUAGGAGAUCCGGUUACAACACGUCUAGAAGAGCAAGUCGCGUCUUUGACCAAAGAUCAGAAACGCGAGUUCCUUUCCAUGAGCAAUAUCCAUCCUUUCAACGACUACUCAGCGCAAUGGACAGGUAUUCUAUACACAAACGCUCUACCCGUCGGGUCAAAGUUAGAACUCAGUGGUAUCUUCUUCACAGCAUGCCGCAUCAACCACGCGUGCGAUUACAAUGCUGCUCAUUUCUGGCACGAUGAUCGUAAGCAGCUGACAGUACAUGCUCUACAAGAUAUCUCCAGGGGAGAAGAGAUCACUAUGUCUUACCUGGAGUGCAACUGGGACCGGAAUACGCGACAAGCGGAGCUUCAGAAGAGGUUUCAUUUCACUUGCCUAUGCCACCUCUGCUCGUUACCACUUCAGCGGUCGAACGAGAGCGACUUGAGACUAAAUCGUAUCAACGAAAUCGACAGCAUCAUCUCAGACGAAGCUGGUCUCGGGCUGCGAGGCAUGAAUGAAUCACCUAAGCAAAUGCUCCACCUCGUCGAGGAAAUGAUCCAGUUGUGGAAGCAACACAGCCACAGUCCGAAUCCACUCGGUCUGGCUCAUGCAUACCAGCUCGCUUUCCAGAUUACGAAGGCGAAUGGUGAUUUAGCGCGGGCCCGCGUAUUUGCAGAUAGACUUGUGCCUCUGCGUACGACUUUCAUGGGUAAGGAAAGUCGACUCGUGACGCGACACUCGCGGUUACGUCAUGAUCCUACGACUUAUGCUUAUAGUGGUGUAUCGAUGCAGGGGGUCUCAAACUACAAUGAAGCUCCGCAAACGCCUUGGGGCGAGGAUCUUGAGGCGUGGCUUUGGAUGAGGGACGUUGAGAUGGAUGUAGGGGCGAAUGUGCAGAACUGGCUCGAUAAUCUUUCGUGA